AUGCUGAAUCAAUCAUCAGCGUCGCUGAUGAACGUCACCUCAUCCGUGCCCAUGCAGCCCUCCGCCUUGGUACAAACCAGCGGCGACAAAUACAUCAUCAACACCGGCGCGGGCCUGACGAUCAUCACGAGGCAGGCGUCCUGCGACUUCGUGGUCAUCAACUACAAUGACCAGGAGCCACGUCAACACGGAUCUCGGCCAGGCAAAGUCGUGAUUCAGUCCCUCAACGACGUCAAGAAGCCCAUCAACGUCAACUGCAAGAAGAGGGUCAUCAAGGAGUCCUACUCCUUCUGCCUCAACAAAAACGUCGCUGGCAUAACGGCCAUUGAAGCCACGGAUGUCGUCACAAACGCGGGAGGCACCACCCGCUCCAAGUACUACCCGGGUUUGUCCUUCGUCGACGACGCCGUCCAUGGCGUCAACAGCACCGCUGCCGGUCUCUACCUCGUGAUCUCGGAGCAGGGCUACGAAACGUCGAGCGGUGGACCGUUCUUCCGUGACAUCAACAACAAGCUUGGCGCCGGCCCUGAUGUCUCAACCCUCGACUUCAGCUUCUUCCAGGACCAGGAGCUCACGGGCUUUGUUCCGGAUGCCAAGUGUGGCGAGGUGGCCGGUACGAUCACCGACGCCAACGAUGUUUUGGGCGACUCGGAAGUCGUCGUAGUAUUCUCCAACGCUGACGCGCAGUACUGGGUCAAGGUGCCCGCAUGUAUCAAGACGUUCACGUCGCCCAAGAUGAAGCCCGCGUUACGGUCGCUGAGGCCCAUCUGGCGCAUCGGCGAGUGGGACGGCAAGCCCGACGGCUUCCUGAACGCCGACAAGAUCCACCCGAGCAACGCGCAUCCAGAGGCCUGGGGCCCUAUCACGUUCGCGACCGGUUCGGACGAGGACAGCGAGUUCUCCAUGGCUCUGUUCCGCGCUGCCAACGACGACGUCAAGAUCACGUCCGACCUGACGGUCGCCCAGGCUGGCCAGGACAAGACGCUAAAGAUCGGCGUGACGCUCACCCAGGUCAACGCGCACCCCGACGUCAAGGCAAACGACUUCCAGACCAAGACGGUUCUGUCGGUGGGUCAAGACGCGUGGUAUUACCCGCGUCGUGACUGUCAGGAUCUCGUUCUUGAGGUUACCGUUGGGUUCGACGCUCAACCUUCACCAGGCCUCCACUGGGGCGGCUUCUUCCACAACAAGAUCUCGGCGUUCGAGCGAGCCAUCACGACCGGGUAG